CUUUCCGGUGAUGGCGGCGGGCGGCAGUGACCCGCGGGCGGCAGACGUGGAGGAGGAUGCCUCGCAGCUCGUCUUCCCUAAAGAAUUUGAAACUGCGGAAACUCUCCUGAAUUCCGAGGUGCACAUGCUGCUCGAGCAUCGCAAGCAGCAGAACGAGAGUGCGGAGGAUGAGCAGGAGCUGUCAGAAGUCUUCAUGAAAACCUUGAACUACACAGCCCGCUUCAGCCGCUUCAAAAACCGUGAAACCAUCGCCAGCGUGCGCAGCUUACUGCUCCAGAAGAAGCUCCAUAAGUUUGAAUUGGCAUGUUUGGCUAACUUGUGUCCUGAGACAGCCGAGGAAGCAAAAGCUCUGAUUCCCAGCCUGGAGGGCCGGUUUGAAGAUGAAGAAUUACAACAGAUUCUCGAUGAUAUUCAGACUAAACGCAGCUUCCAGUAUUAAGGGAUUUCUAAAGGAUGCGGAAACUUGCUCUUGGUUCUCAGAAGGUUCAGUGAUGGGCAGCAUCAGUUUCUGUGGUGGUUUUUGUUUGUUUGUUUUAUUGUUUGAUAGGGACAGUGAAUUUUUACAGCUUCAGUAUUUUUCUAUUAUUGUUUAGGUAAAUGGAAAGAUUUUUUAAUUAAAGUUGUGUGGUUUAUAAACAUUACAUACAUAUUAUGAUUUUGUUAAUGAGGAACUUUUUAAUAAAUAGAUCCUGGACAUCUGGGGACUCCCAAGAGUAUAACAACCCAAGUACAAUUUAGGAUGGAUCAGAGCUGUUACUACAAUCACAGUGAGAAUGCAUUGGGGCAGCAUCUCCCUCUCUGCUCCCUUGUUCUGUGCCAAGUGAUUGCAGACACCCGAUCUGUAUCCUGCUGGAAGAAAAAGGUGCAGAAACCAAAUAAUUUUGAUAUUAACACAGCCAGAUAUCCACCUCUGGAAGAAUGGACUCCUUAGCUAGGUUGCUAACUGCCCUAAGUCUGAGAUGAAACCAAACCAUAAGUAAUGUGACACAGUGGAGGGCUGGCUGCUGGUGCAGCCUGUGGG